AUGUAAUUUCAAUAGACUGCUGCAUUCAAGGAAUUGCUGUAGGGAGAAUAUAAAAUACAGAAGAGCAAUUUGAUACGUUAAGCAAAAAUAUUGGCCCAUAAACCAUCUUUGGAACCAAAAAUAAAUCUAACUCAUCGUAGUGUAGAAGAUCCUCCACAAAAUAAAUAGAGAAGUGGAAUUGCUCUUCCAAUUCUGAUAUAAAAAAAACAACAGUUUAAUAUAGAUUGUGAUAAGGCAAAAGAUAUAAUCAAGAACUUUAAUAUAAAACUUAUUCGCUAAAGAGUGUGUUAAAAUGAAAAAAUCCACAGAAAACUAUCAUAACAUAGUAUUUAAAAUACUCAAUAACUGAAUCUCACUUUUGGACAAAACUUUCGCAUAAAAACAAGACCAAUUUUCUCAAAGUAAGAUAACAGUGUAGAUCUCCGAGACUCUCAUUCUGCUAGUAGAGUAAUGUCUCAUUCAUAAUAAAGAUUAGUAAAUAAACUAUUUUAAUGA